AUGCAGCACGAGAUAUUCACAUAUACAAUCGGCGAUAAACUGGGACGGGCCCCGCCAUGCGACGAAGAUGCCAAGAUCGGGCGUGUCCUCGACGUGGGGACUGGUACCGGCAUAUGGGCCAUCGACUUUGGCGAAUUGCAUCCUGAAGCUGAGGUCUAUGGUGUAGAUCUUUCGCCCAACCAGCCAGAAUAUGUGCCGGAAAAUGUGAGGUUUGAGAUCGACGACGUGGACGAAGACUGGACAUACUCAAAACCAUUCGAUUAUAUCCACAGUCGGUUCAUGACAGGUGCCAUUAACAACUGGAGAAAGUUUUUCGAAUCCGCUUACGACCAUCUUAACCCCGGCGGGUGGUUCGAGGUCCAAGAUGCCGACAUCAACCCUCAGUCCGACGACGACACCUUUCCAAAGGACUGCGCAUUAGCAGAAUACGUACAACUCCUCCAAUCUGGCGCCGAAGCCGCUGGCUGUUCCUACGUUGAUAUACCAGCGCUAGCGGGCCUCAUGACCGAGGUUGGUUUCGUGGACGUCUCGAUUCAGAUGUACAAGUGGCCCAUCAAUGGGUGGCCAAAAGAAGAUAGGUCAGUAUAA